AUGGAGUCGGAAAGUUACAUAAAACCGAUUGAACAUGGACUUCAGUGUGGUGAAACAAAAAUUCACUUUCUUCAUGGAACCACUACUCUCGCCUUCAAAUAUUCUGGUGGAGCAAUUGUCGCAACAGAUUCCCGUGCAACUGCUGGAAGCUACAUUGCUUCUGGAACCACAAAGAAAAUAAUUGAAAUCGACAAAUUCUUACUCGGAACUAUGGCUGGUGGUGCUGCAGAUUGUCAGUUUUGGGAGCGCGUUUUGACAAAGCAUUGCAGAUUAUUCGAAUUGAGGAAUAAGGAAAGGAUAUCUGUUGCCGCUGCAUCUAAACUGUUAGCAAACAUGAUUUAUAACUACAAAGGAAUGGGUUUGAGUAUCGGCACAACGAUUGUCGGUUGGGAUAAAAAUGGACCGGGUAUUUAUUACGUCGAUACAGAUGGAAACAUAACUUCCGGAAACCUAUUUUCUGUAGGAUCUGGAAGUCCCUACGCCUAUGGUGUUUUAGAUACUAAGUAUAAGUACGAGAUGAAGGAUGAAGAGGCCCACGCACUCGCUAUGCGAUCAAUAUUUCAUGCUACUCAUCGUGAUGCUGCAUCCGGUGGAUUUGUUAACCUAUGGGUCUGUGAAUAUCUCAUUUACUAUGUUACUAUAUACAAUUGUUUUUGGCCGUAUAUUCUCCGAAAUGAUGUGGAAAAUAAACGUGAGGCAAAAGCUGGGGUUAGUGUGAUGGUCUUAGCCGAUACGCAUCUUCUUGGAUAUGUUCUGGGUCAUCCUAUUGAUCGUAUCAGAAGAGACUGGCAGAUGAAACGUGCUUUUCAAGCUUCAUUAUACCUGCUGAGACCCAAUGUAGUUAUCAUACUGGGAGAUAUUUUAGAUGAAGGAAAAUGGGCCACUGUUGUUGGAAAUCACGAUAUCGGGUUCCACUACGCUACUAAUGGAUUUUUAAACGACCGAUUUCAUAACGAUAUUGGUGGUAAUGUUUUCACACCCCCUAUCUACUUAUGGUCUUUUUCUGGAAUCCACUUCGUCUUUGCAAAUAGCGUUGCAUUUGAGGGAGAUAACUGUGAUUUGUGUUACAAGGCUUCAAUGACAUUAAAGUCCAUAAAGAGAUACCUUGACUGUUUGAGAAUGUUUGCUUCAACCAACGCUGAAAGCUGUUAUUCGAAAGAACUUAGUAUGGGUCUUUCUGAUAAAAAUCCAUAUAUAAGCGUUAAUCUAAAUGAUCCAUCGAAUUUCGUUUAUUCGCGCCCGGUUCUGCUACAGCAUUUUCCUUUACAUCGAACUUCUGACAUUGGGUGUCCAACGAAACCUCUUGAUGCUAUGCCAAACCAUUUGAGACAAGUUCCGAAUAAACCGAAAAUAGACUGUCUUUCAAAAGAGGCAACCAAAGAACUACUCGAGUCUCUUCGCCCACGACUAGUAUUAUCUGGCCAUACUCAUUACUCGUGUAAAAUUUCACAUAGUUUUGGAAACUUUUCGGACUCUGUUGUAACUGAAUGGUCGGUUGCUAGCUUUUCUUGGCGAAAUCUUGAACACCCAGGAUUUUUAUUGUUAUCUAUUUCAUCGGCAAACUAUGCAAUUAAUAAGUGCUAUCUGCCAACUGAAAUGCGCCUAAUACAAAUUUACGUCACUGGAUUCCUACUUAUGAUACUGUUUGUUUUUGGUGCAAAAUUAAAACGAUUUUUAUUAUAA